GUUUUCCCCUCUCCUUCCAAUUCAUGUAAGAGUCAGUGGGACAACUUAUGAACGGGGAGCGAUAUGGAAAUAUGGCUUUUGAAGACAGGGUUUGCUAUAUGAGCCCAUGUUCAACCUUGAGUAAAUGUGUUGGGUCGGUGAACAAAGUGAACGCUUAGAACUAAGCGGUGGCAGGCCUGGACGUCCGCCCAGUGUGUCGCGCACGAUGGACAUGUACCCGAGAUGUGGCGCACGGAUUCGCACGUUUACACAGGUUGAGGUCCGCAACGCGGCACUGUCUGGCGCUGCCUGGGCCACCUUACCGUUGGCCCUCUUCCUCCGUCUGCCUGGUCAUAUGGUCACUGCGCUAUGCGUCCUACACGUGGUCGUGGAUGCGUGGCUUCUGUUGCUGGCGCACCCUUUGUGGGGUGGAAGGCGGGUCAACCUAGGUGGGGAGCUGAUCUACAACGCGUGUGCAUCCGCGGUAUGGGCGUGUGUGCUCAACAGGAGCGACGGUAUCAGAGCCGGCACCACCAGCACUAACUUUGGCUCCUUUCCAGCUUUUGACCCAGCAUACCUACAGCAGGUGCUGCUGUGCCUGCUGCAGUUGCUCUCAAUAAGGGCCGCCGCUGCAGUGCUCGUGACGUGGUUCGCAACACCCAACCCCAGCCGUGCCCAGCCCAGCCUUCAGGCCCCCAGCAGUGGGAUCCAGGUGGCCGCGGGCGCGACGGACAACCCAGCCGCCGCCAGUGGCUCUAACCCCAGCACCGAUGCAGCAGGCGUCGGCGGCGCUGGCGCCUACCGCUGCUUCCAGCUGGCAGGUGCAGCUCAGGAUGAUGACGACGGUUGCGCCGGCCUGAAGCCGCAGCCCCGUACGCCUGCUCAGUGCCAUGCGGCUCCUGCUGGCGCGGAUGUGGACUGGCGCUCGGCGCUGAUGCGAGCCCUGGGAAUGGAGAGGGUGCCGGCGGAGGAUGCAGCGGCCUUCGCGCUCUUCACGGAGUCGUUUGUGUUGUCAACUAGUCGCACCGGGCAAACUACGGACAUGCUGCUGCUGCUCUCGUGCUUCAUGCAAGGCUAUUUCGUGCAGGGCCGCUCGCCGUUCUGCGCCCUCAACGCCUACGCCUGCCUCUACCUCGGCCCGGGCUGCGCCUGUACGCUGGCGCGCCUGCUGCUGCCACACCUGCCGCUGCCGCGGCCUCUCGCAGCGCGCGGCGCGGCGCUCGUGGAGGCGAUGUCGCGGGCCCUUCGACUGCCGCGGCUGGGGCUGCAGCUGUUUGUCCACCUGCUGACGGCAGUGGGGGCGCUGCCGGUGCCGCCCGCCCUCGCGUCCUCGUUCUUCCGGGGCCCUUCCUUCCCCCUGCUGGUGGGCGUCAUCAAGCCCAUCACCGAUCUGGUGCCGCUCUGGGCCGCUGUGGUGUUGGCAGUGAUCAAGGUGCCGCUGCAGUUCGGCAACAUGCGCAUCACCAUGUCGGCAGCGGCGGUGUCGGCGGCGCCAGCGUCAGCGGGGCACGGCGAAGUUAUGAGCUCCACGGAGGCGUGGCUGCGAGCUGUGUCUGUGGAGCUGCUGGCAGUUGCCACCACCCUGGGUUGCCACACAUACCUGUGGAGGGAGUUUGGCAGGCGGAGGCAGAGCAAGAGAUUGCGGUUGGAAGAUGGCCAAGGGCAGGGCCAGCCGCAGCAACAGCAGCAUGAACAGGAGCACGAGGAGAAGCAGGGUGCGCGUGCCGCUGCUGCCAAGGGUGGCAUGGCGCAGGCGAAUGCAGCGGCUGCAGAUGAAGCCGGGAUGAAGGUGGAAGAGCACGGCGCCACGAUGGCGGCAGUAGCUGCUGGCAGCAGCAGCGCUGCGGCGACGCAGCAGGCCUGGCAGGUCCAGCAGCCGCACAGGCCGCAGGAAGGGCCGCCCUUGCAGCAGCCGUGCCAGCGGCCACCUCCCUACCGGGCAGUCUGUCGGCGCACCAGUUUAGUCGUUAAGAUUCCCUGGGCCGAGCCGGAGGACCUGACGCUGGCCUUCCGCCACCGCCUGGUCUGCCUGGCCGCAGCCGCCCGCCAGGGCGCCAACAACGACCGUCGCGGCAAGCACAGCAACGUCCUCGGUGGCAGCACCAGCAGCCGUCCCGGAGAUGGCAGCAGCUGCGGCGGCGGUCAGCAGCAGGGUGCAACCGGCGGCUUGGUGAUGAUGGCGGCGGCGGUCAGGCGAGGCUGCAUUGAGCUGGUGAUGGUGCUGGGCCUGCGCCGCGGUGCUCUGCCGGGUGGCACAGGCGGCGCCGAUGGUUGCAGCCGCCUGCCCGGGUGCCUGUCCGGCUUGGGGCAGGAAUCACACAUGGCCGGCGAUGACGGGAGCAGAAGCCAACGAGGUGACGGUGUGGUCUGUGCGGGUGGCGGAGUGGAGCUGCCGUUCAGUCUGCCGGAGAUGCUCACAGCAGUUGGGCUGCUGGACAGCAAUGGGCGGCCGCAGGCGGCGUUGGCGGCGGCGCUUGGCGACGGCAAGGGAGAGGGCGGCGGCGCGAAGACCGGGGCGGGCAGGCCGGCGGCCAAGGACCUGCAGCAGCUGCUGUCAGAGCUGCAAGUGCGUGUCGUGGACCUGGAGGAUGACGCCAGCGCUGAAGACACCGCAGCACCGCCGGGGCUGCGCGUGCAGGGCCUUGGCCCGCGCGUGCUGCUGCUGCCGUCGCCUCCAGCAUUGACGACUGCCGGGCCCCAGUCGCCUCGUGGCAAACUGCAGCACCCAGCCGCUGAUGGGCCGCGGGCGCAGCGGCUCCCGCCGCUGUUGCUGCGGGCGCGGCUGGGCCUGGGGUCGGACUGGGACGGCGGCGCAGUGCCGGAGGUUGAGUCAGGGCUGAUGUUGAUGGGCUCCGGCACCUCGUGUGUCCCCUGCCGCGUCAGGCCGCUGGGGCCGGUGCGGCCGCGGCAACAGGCGACCACGGCGGCAGCCCCCACAUCCACUGUUGGUACUGCUGCGGUUGAAUCGGCCGCGGCGGAAUGGGAGGUUGAGGUGGAGGUCACUGUGGAGUUCGGAGCAGGACAGCUGGUGACACCCGGAGGACUCCUGCUGGACCUGCGUGUGCGUGAGCCGCAAGGAGGCCCUGCGGCUGCGGCUACAGCGGCGGCCGCGGCUGCGGCUAGCCCGGCGCGCAUGCGGCGGGCCUAUGUGCCGCUGGUCGCCACCGACGACGGCGAGCUGGCGGCCGAGGUGACGGCCCUGGUCAAGGACUGGCCGGACCCGAGCAGUGGCGGCGGCCGCGGUGGAAUGGAUUCGUUCCUGUUGGAUGUGGGGUACUGGCUGCAGGCCUCGCCGGCAGAGGCAGAGGCGGAGGCGGAGAAGACGGCAGCCGAGGAGGUGGAGGCUGAAGAAGCGACAGCAGCAACGGCUUCGGAAGGACUUGAGGCGCCAGUGUCAGCGCCGUGGGCAGAGGCGGCAGCGGCAGCGGCAGAGGCUCAACUGCAGGCCGAUAUUGCGGAGGGGCUUUUGUCCUAUGUGCGGCGUGAGGGUCGGCUGCCGGUGACGGCGGCGCGGCUCGCAGCCGACGUGGAGGUGCUGCAGCGCAGAGCCAUGCGGCUGCAGCAGGCAGGGGGAGGGGAAGUGGGGGCACAGCAGCAGCAGCAGCAGCAGCAGGCGUCGCAUCCGGCGUCACUUCCGGCGGCGCAGCGGGAGCAGCGGGAGGAGCCGGCAUCGGACCGGGUCGUUGCUGUAGCGAGCAAACCUCAGAGCAGCAAGGCGGGUGGCGAUCGCGAUGAGAAGGCGGUCAGCCGGGUCACCGGUCCUGCGAGCACAAUGUCGCCGAAAGGCAAGGGAGCGGCAGGCGGCGCUGCAGGAGAGGCCAGCCGAGCCGGAGGUGCAGGGGCGGGGAAGCAAUGCACGUCUUCGUAUGAGGGCUGCAGCGCGGCGGCGGCGACUGGCGACGUUGCUGGUCGAUGUAUGGGCGAGGGCGGCAAUACAGAAGGCAACCCGCAUAUCAGCUGGAUGUCGGCGCUGCUGUGUGUGGUGGGUCUGGUGCGCAUCCCAGCGGCGCAGCGCCAGGCGUUCAUCGUCUUUGCCGACAGAGCUAUGCUGCCGUUCACAUUGACCGGGCACAUGGUGGACGCAGUCGUACUCGCCGCCGUGCUGUGGAGCACGCUCCGCGCCGGCGUCUCCCCGCUCGACUCGGUCAUGCUGCCGGCGAUGGGCACGCUCGGCAUUGGCGCGGCGGGCGCGCUGGUGCAGCUGCUGCUGCCGCAGCGCGCCUCGGAGCGGCUGGCGACAGCGCUGCGGCUGCCGUGCCACGUCAGCGCCGUGGUGAUGAAGGUGCUGACGACGGCACACGUGCUGCCGCACCCGCUGACGUCACUGCCGUACUACAGCCGCCUGGCGUUCCCUCUUCGAGAGGGCCUGAUGGCGCCCAUGACGUGUCUGGUGUCGCCGGCCGCCACGCUUGUGCUGUGUGUGCUCAAGGUGCCGGUCAACACGGCCGUACUGCUGGACGUGGGUGUGGCCGCGCACCUGCCCGCCGCGCUGGUGCGGGUGCUGGCGGUGGAGCUGUUGGCCCUGGCCACAACCCUGGGGUGCCACGCCUAUCUGUGGAAGGAGUUUGGCAGGAGGCAGGGGCUUCGGCAGGCGCAGCGGCAGCUUCGGCAGUGCUGAGGACUGGGCUGAGGACGUGCGUUGGUUAGCAGCAGGACUGGGUUGGCAGGGGCAGGGGGGUGGCAAAGUGACCGUGACAAUUUAUUAUGGCACAUCGGAGAUGAUGUCGCAGGGGUUAGCUGUUCAUGUGGAAAAGGAGUGGAGAGGGCGGGUUGUGAAUACCAGCCCAAACUAAACCAAACCCAAUGCAGUAGAGCGAGGAGGAGAGCGUGGCAUAUGCUUGACAACGGAAUGGGGGGCUGGGAUGCGGCAUGAUGCGUCCGGGCGAGACAGCCGAGACUCGAGUACCGGUAUGUAUGACUGUGUUGUCCUGCAACGUGAGGCGGGCUUGAGGGAUUGCCUGACAGCCCGAGUUGCCCAAGCCAACGCUGGGCUAUAGCAUGCUCUGUUGCAACGUUUGCCCCAGUACUUUACCUGUUUACCAGACAUUGGGCGA